GUGCGCGUAAAAUGUCUCAACGUCUGGGCGUGUUGCUCUGCCUAUUGCUGGCUUUGCUGUCCUGCGCGCAGGCUCAAGAGCAGCGCAGAUUUGAUCCUCUGCCCGCAGCAAAGUUCAAGGCCAGCAGUCGCAUUAUAGGCGGCAAUGAAAUUCCUGUGGGCAAAGCUCCUUACAUGGUUUCCAUACAAAAUUAUUUUGGCAAUCACAUUUGCGGCGGAGCCAUUAUACAUGAUCAAUAUAUACUUACUGCCGCCAGCUGCAUGGGCGGUCUGCGCAAGCGCGACAUGAAGGUGGUGAUGAGCACCAAUGACUGGGCAGGACCUGCUUGGCAGUAUAAAGUAGAGGAGAUCAUAAUGCACUGCAAGUUCGAUCAGCCUUUGUAUCAUAAUGACAUUGCGCUGCUUAAGCUCGAAACGCUGGUGGCCUACGAUGACGUCACACAGAAUAUAACACUAGCUGCUCUAAAUACGCUGAAGGAGGGCGAGAAACUCACCUUGACGGGCUGGGGCAUAGAGGAGGACGAUGGCGACUAUGUUUACAAUUUGAAGCAACUGCAGCUCGCCUAUGUGAACAAUGCGCAUUGCAAUGCAACUUAUCAAGGAACGGAGAGCUUGGAUGUGGGACACUUGUGUGCUGUGGGCAAGCAGGGAACUGGCGCCUGCAUGGGAGAUCAGGGUGGACCACUGAUAAAUGAAGCUGGCGAGCUGGUGGGCAUUGUCAACUUUGGCGUGCCCUGUGCGCGUGGCUUUCCCGAUGUCUUCGCGCGUGUGAGUUUCUACUACGAUUGGAUUUUAGCCACAAUCAAUGGCUGUGCUAUAGAAUAAAGUGCCAGACGUCUGGCUGAUCUGUUAUCAUAAAAUAAACGAAAAUAAAUUAAAGCUUUGCAA